AUGUCAACUUGUUCAUCAAAAAAACGGACUGCCACCGAAUUGUACGUGGAUAACGAUUUAGAUACAGGAAAGGAUCCAACUGGUAUACCUAAGAAACUUUCUAAAACUGACGACGAUACUAUACAAAAUGAAUUGGCACAAACUCCUGAUGUUGAUGAUUCUAUUGUUGAUUCUAAUGAGAUUUCCAUUGCUGAAUUCUCAAAAUCAAAUGAGAUUAAGGAUGACAGUUUAAUUACCACUGAAUCAAGUGAUGAAUAUAUUACCGACGUUAAAACUUUGGAUAAAAACAUUGCAAUUGUACAAGAAUUAUCUGAGAGGGUUGAAGUACAAAAAACAAAUUUCAAUAACAAAUCUGAUAUAGAAUCUGGUGUAGAAAAAGAAUGCAAGCAAAAUUUUGAUAAAUCUCCUUUUACCGGUCAGAAUAUAGCUGUUCAAAGCUCUGGUGGAUUUGGAAAAGGUUAUACACCACCUUCUAUUACAACUACCAGAAUAUUUGGCAGUAAUAUAUUACCGAAGUCAGGUGGAUGGGGAAAGUUUGGAGAAGGUUUACAUGGAUCUUCUACACAACCCUCUAUCUUUGAUGAACCAACACGUAACGAUCAAGAAUCGCCUUUUGGAAUCGGUGCGAGGCCUUUAUUACAAGAACAAGAAGUAAUUACCGGAGAAGAGGAUGAGAUUACUCGACAUACUGUCAGAGCAAAGUUAUUUUGUAUGGAUCGUAGUCAUCAAUGGAAAGAAAGAGGAGUUGGAAUGUUAAAACUCAAUUAUCCAAAAGACUAUGAAAAAUUAUCUCGACCACCUCGACUAGUCAUGCGUGCUGAUGGUGUGCUGCGAGUUAUUUUGAAUAUCGCUUUAUUUCACGGAAUGAGUGUUGAAAGAUCACAAGAAAAAUUUGUGAGAGUUGUCGCAUUUGAGGGAACGAACACUACUCCAGUUCAUUUUGCUAUAAAGCUUUCUAACACCAAUGUUGCGGAUGACUUAUAUGAUGCCAUACUGGAGGCAAUACCCACAUCUCAAUAUAAAUCACAUCAAAAUGCUAAUACUAUCUUGACAGUUUGUGAUGCGGUUAUAGCCGGUCAUAAUC